AUGAACGACCCGCCAGCGGGCCCGCCGCCGACGGUUAUCGAUACGGAUGGCAUGCUGCACGCCGACAGCUCGAGUCCAGAAUGGCAAUUUAACGAGUUCCUGAACACCCAUCAGGACGGACAGGAGUAUUCCGCGUCUGGAGUCACGAGCUCGAUGGUAUCGCCCAUGGGGGCUUACGGCCCGAUUCUCGUCGUCUACCUGACCUACGGUGGCCAAGUCCCUCACAAGACGUUCGCAGAAGUCAAGGGGAUGUUCUGGGACGUUCCAGGCCUCAACCAUGCUUUGUACCAUAAUUCGUGGCACCAGGUGUGGCUGGAGUCCUCGUAUGUCGAUUUCAUCCAGAUGGAAUCGCCUCAGGACCCUGCGUCUUGGGGAUACCGCUUGUCUUCUCUUACAAUGGCUGUGUAUUGGUCGGCGACAUACCAGGCACAGAUCAGAACUAGAACGUACAAGAACACGCUGGUGUUCGCCCCUGGGGAUACGUUCAUGGCCACUGCUUAUGCUCCGACCACCGGCUGGUGGAACGGGUUCGCCCAGUUCUACCACGAGGCCCAGACGUGGCAGACGGUAUUUCACGAGAUGGGCCACACAUGGGGAAUGCACCAUGCAGGAGGCUACUGGCACACUGGGGAGUUCAAUGCAUACCUGGAUGAUGCGAUCAUGGGUUAUCAGCGAGAAUGGCGGGCCGCGGACUGCAAUGCGGUUCAUCGCUACAGGCUCGGCUGGCUUACAGGGGCCGAGACAGUGACGUUCACCCGGGGGACUGGCCUCACGAAGACUGUCAAUCUGGCUCCCCUCAAUGAGGGGCCAGAUGGGCCAGAGUUCUUGCUCCUGAAGCUCCCGUGCGAUGAGUGCGUGGGUGAUAAGGCAGCUACACCAGGUGAGGGUUUCCUUUACAUCUCCUUCCGUGUGCAGGACGGGCCCAGCCUGUACGGGGUUGGCAGUGAGUCUGAUCCGAUUUAUCUCUUCGACAUCUUCACUCGCCGACGUCUCGUCUUGGCUGACCGCGUCCACGUGCACUUCCAGCCCGAUGUGAAUCAGAAGACCGAGCUGUGGACCACAUUGAACGCGGGAGACACUGUCGCAAUCCCUGGUGCCAACAUGUGGGUCCAUGUCUGCGACAUCAAUGUUGCGACCCAUGCCAAGGUAAGUGUCUCGGACACGAGCGAAGCCGCAGCGUGGGCAGGGUGCGCGACGCCAGCCCCGACACGAGCACCGACACCAGCACCAUCGGCAGCCGCGACACCAAUACCGACGAUGGCACCGGCACCAUGGCCGACGCUGGCACCGACGCCAGCACCUACGCCAGCGCCGACACUAUCUCCGACGACAGCACCGACGCCAGCGCCGACGCCAAAGCCAACGCCAGCACCGACACCAUCGACGCCAGUACCGACGCCGGCGCCAACGCCAAAGCCAACGCCAGCACCGACACCAGCGCCGACGCCGGCACCGACACCAGCGCCGACGCUAGCACCGACGCCAGCGCCGACGCCAGCACCGACGCCAGCACCGACACCAUCUCCGACGCAGGCACCGACGCCAGCGCCGACAUCUGCGCCGACCUCUGCUCAGACGCUAGCGCCGACGCCAUCGCCAGCGCCGGCUCCCACGCAAGCGCCGACAUCCCCACUGGUGUCUCCAGUUUCGCCAAUGGGAAUAUCGUCGCACGGUGGCGUGGUCUCUGGCUUGGGCGACCCCCACCUCACCAACAUGUACGGCGAGCGCUUUGACUUGUACCAGACGGGCAAAAACAUCCUCCUGCAGAUCCCGCGGUGGAGCACCAGCGGCGGCGCGCUGUUGCAACUGGAGGCCGACGCCACUCGCAUGGGCGACCUCUGCGCCGACGUGUACUUCCAGAUGGUGGCCAUAUCUGGGGCGUGGACGAAUAAGACUGAGGAGAUGCGGUUCUUCGCGAACGGUGACACGCUCGGCUUGCCCAGUAGAAUGAAUUGGGCGCGCUUCGGCAAGGUCAGUCUGAAGGUGGUGCACGGCAAGACCAAGGAAGGCACCGAUUACCUCAACGUCUUUGCCAAGAACCUCGCGCGCGCUGGUCUUCCAGUCGGUGGCCUCCUCGGCAUCGACGACCACACUGCGGCCAGCAUCCAGCCUCCCGAGUGCACCCGCUCGUUCUCGCUGUAG